AUGAUAAGCCAGGCACCUGCCGCGGUCACUACCGUCCGCGGAUUCCAGACUACACCUGCUACUUCGGGCGACGAAGACUCCGACCAUGGACACAGCGAGGCCCCUACUCCUCGGCGCAAGACUCCUGGAAGAAACCUCAUCAUCAACGAUGUUGUGAGCGCCAACUGCAGCCCUACCUUCCGCGCCCAUCCCUCGCCCGCCAUGUCAGGCAUCGCCAAACUGCGCAUGCAGAUGGAGCCUCUGAGCCUCGAUGGAGGGUCUCCCUGUCACUCUAUGAGUCGUGCUGGAAGUCAACAAGGACUGGCGCUUGAGUUUCGAAAGCAAAUGAUCAGCCGUACACAGAGUCGGGAGGAUGUGCGCAGCGAGGCUGGUAGCGAGAUUUCAGACAGUUCUAUUAGUUACGAAGUUAACCUCGAGCACGAUUUCGCUAGCGAGAGUGUUCGAGAGCGUAGUGGAUAUCUCGAAACCCUCGAGCGCGGCCUUGCGCCCAACCGUAAGAUGACGUCGGAGGACUUUGAACACUUGCGAUGCCUUGGCAAAGGUACCUAUGGUACUGUACUGCUUGUCAAGCAGCGCGCGACUGGAAGACUCUAUGCCCAGAAGCAAUUCAAGAAGGCCUCGCUUGUCGUCCACAAGAAGCUCGUUGAGCAGACCAAGACUGAGCGACAGAUUCUCGAGUCCGUCAACAGACAUCCAUUUGUUGUCAAGCUGUUCUACGCCUUCCAAGAUCAAGAGCAACUGUACCUCAUUCUUGAAUACGGACAGGGUGGUGAGCUCUUCACCCAUCUCAACACCGAAAAGAUGUUCUCGGAGGAUGUGGCCGCAUUCUACAUGGCGGAGAUGCUUCUAGCGAUUUCCCACCUUCACAACGAUCUCGGCGUGGUCUACCGCGAUCUCAAGCCGGAGAACUGCCUUCUAGACGCAGAAGGCCAUCUCCUCCUGACCGACUUUGGUCUUUCCAAGGUCUCGGUCGACCAGAAUGAGAGCUGCAACUCAAUGCUGGGAACUGUCGAGUACAUGGCGCCCGAGGUGGUCCUUGGAAAGAAGUAUGGAAAGGCAGUCGACUGGUGGUCGUUUGGAGCCCUCGGAUACGACCUGAUGACUGGAAACCCACCUUUCCGUGGCCAAAACCACGCCAAGAUCCAAGACAACAUCGUCAAGCAGAAGCUGGUUCUUCCUUACUUCCUGAGCCCUGAUGCUAAAGAUCUACUCACCCGACUUCUUCGCAAGGACCCCAGCAAGCGUCUCGGUGCCGUGAUGCCCAAGGAUCUGGCGACAAUGAAGAAACACCGGUUCUUCCGCAAGAUUGACUGGAAGAAGUUGGCGGAGCGUGAGCUUGAGCCACCGAUUCAGCCCAUGAUCACGGACCCUGAGCUAGCCGAGAACUUCGCCCCAGAGUUUACGGAGCUGUCCAUCAGCCCGGUGCUGCCAAACAAGGAUGCCUGGCCUCGAAGUCUCCCUAAGGAUGAGCUCUUUGGUGGAUUCAGUUUUGUUGCAUCUUCAAGCCUGUUGAACGAAGAUCGAUUCGCGGCUUUUGCCCAGACUUGA